AAAACAGCCAAUGCAAACACCCCCACCUGUCAGGUCCCCACCUGUAAACACCCCCACCUGUCAGCUCCCCCACCUGUCAGCUCCCCAUCUGUCGUCACCCCCACCUGUCAGCUCCCCCCACCUGUCAGCUCCCCCACCUGUCAGGUCCCCACCUCUCCCCCACCUGUCAGCUCCCCCACCUGUCAGGUCCCCACCUGUCAGCUCCCCACCUGUCAGGUCCCCAUCUGUCAGCUCCCCACCUGUCAGGUCCCCCACCUGUCAGGUCCCCACCUGUCAGCUCCCCCACCCUGUCGCUCCCCCACCUGUCCCCCACCUGUCAGCUCCCCCACCUGUCAGCUCCCCACCUGUCAGGUCCCCACUGUCAGCUCCCACCUGUCAGCUCCCCCACCUGUCAGCUCCCCCACCUGUCAGCUCCCCCACCUGUCAGCUCCCCCACCUCUCCCCCACCUGUCCAGCUCCCCACCCGUCAGCUCCCCCCACCUGUCAGCUCCCCCACCUGUCAGGUCCCCACCUGUCAGCUCCCCCACCUGUCAGGUCCCCACCUGUCCCCACCUGUCAGGUCCCCACCUGUCAGGUCUCCCACCUGUCAGGUCCCCAUCUGUCAGGUCCCCCACCUGUCAGGUCCCCACCUGUCAGGUCCCCACCUGUCAGGUCUCCCACCUGUCAGGUCUCCCUCCACCUGUCAGCUCCCCCACCGGUCAGGUCCCCAUCUGUCAGGUCCCCCACCUGUCAGGUCCCCACCUGUCAGGUCCCCACCUGUCAGGUCCCCACCUGUCAGCUCCCCACCUGUCAGGUCCCCACCUGGGUCAGCUCCCCCACCUGUCAGCUCCCCCACCUGUCGGCUCCCCCAUCUGUCAGGUCCCCACCUGUCAGGUCCCCACCUGUCAGCUCCCCCACCUGUCAGCUCCCCCAUCUGUCAGCUCCCCCACCUGUCAGGUCCCCACCUGUCAGGUCCCCACCUGUCAGGUCUCCCACCUGUCAGGUCUCCCACCUGUCAGCUCCCCCACCUGUCAGGUCCCCAUCUGUCAGGUCCCCACCUGUCCCCACCUGUCAGGUCCCCACCUGUCAGCUCCCCCCCACCUGUCAGGCCCCCACCUGUCAGGUCCCCACCUGUCAGCUCCCCCACCUGUCAGCUCCCCCACCUGUCCCCACCUGUCACCUGGCUCCCCCACCUGUCAGGUCCCCACCUGUCAGCUCCCCCACCCUGUCAGCUCCCACCUGUCAGGUCAGGUCCCCACCUGUCAGCUCAGGUCCCCACCUGUCAGCUCCCCCACCUGUCAGGUCCCCACCUGUCAGGGUCCCCACCUGUCAGGGUCCCCAGGUCCCCACCUGUCAGGUCCCCACCUGUCAGCUCCCCACCUGUCGGGUCCCCACCUGUCAGGUCCCCACCUGUCCAGCUCCCCACCUGUCAGGUCCCCACCUCAGGUCCCCACCUGGUCCCCACCUAUCAGCUCCCCCCACCUGUCAGGUCCCCACCUGUCAGCUCCCCCCAUCUAUCAGGUCCCCACCUGUCGGGUCAGGUCAGGUCCCCACCUGUCAGGUCCCACCUGUCAGCUGUCAGCUCCCCCACCUGUCAGGUCCCCACCUAUCAGGUCCCCACCUGUCAGGUCCCCACCUGUCAGCUCCCCCAUCUGGUCCCCCCCACCUGUCAGCUCCCCCACCUGUCAGGUCCCCACCUGUCAGCUCCCCCAUCUGUCAGGUCCCCACUCUCCCCACCUGUCAGCUCCCCCACCCUGUCAGGUCCCCACCUGUCAGCUCCCCCACCCUGUCAGGGUCCCCCACCUGUCAGCUCCCCCAUCUGUCAGCUCCCCACCUGUCAGCUCCCCCACCUGUCAGCUCCCCCACCUGUCAGUCCCCCCACCUGUCAGCUCCCCCACCUGUCAGGUCCCCACCUGUCAGGUCCCCACCUGUCAGUCCCCACCUGGUCCCCACCUGUCAGCUCCCCCACCCAUCCCCACCUGUCAGCUCCCCCACCUGUCAGCUCCCCACCUGUCAGCUCCCCCACCUGUCAGGUCCCACCUGUCAGGUCCCCACCUGUCAGCUCCCCCACCUGUCAGCUCCCCACCUGUCAGUCCCCACCUUAUCAGGGUCCCCACCCGUCAGGUCCCCCCACCUGUCAGCUCCCCCAUCCUCUCCACCUGUCAGCUCCCCCACCUGUCAGCUGUCCCCCACCGUCAGUCCCCACCUGUCAGGUCCCCACCAGUCCCCACCUCCCCCACCUGUCAGCUCCCCACCUGGCCCCGGGGGUCCCCACCUGUCAGGUCCCCACCUGUCAGGUCCCCACCUGUCAGCUCCCCCACCCGUCAGGUCCCCACCUGUCAGGUCCCCACCUGUCAGGUCAGUCAGGUCCCCACCUGUCAGCCCCCCACCUGUCAGGUCCCUACCUGUCAGCCCCAUCUGUCAGCCCCCACCGCUGCUCCCACCUGUCAGGUCCCCAUCUGUCAGCUCCCCACCUGUCAGGUCCCCACCUGUCAGGUCCCCACCGUCAGCUCCCCACCUGUCAGGCUCCCCCACCUGUCAGCCCCCCACCUGUCCCCCAGCCCCCCACCUGUCAGCCCCCCACCUGCCGCCCCCAUCUGUCAGCUCCCCACCUGUCAGCUCCCCCACCCGUCAGGUCCCCACCUGUCAGCCCCACCUGUCAGGUCCCCACCUGUCAGGCUCCCCCACCCGUCAGGUCCCCACCUGUCAGCCCCCACCUGUCAGCCCCCACCUGUCAGGUCCCCACCUGUCAGCCCCCACCUGUCAGGUCCCCACCUGUCAGCCCCACCCUGUCAGGUCCCACCUGUCAGCUCCCCCACCUGCCGCUCCCCCACCUGUCAGGUCCCCACCCGUCAGCUCCCCACCUGUCAGCCUCCCCACCUGUCAGCUCCCCCACCUGUCAGCUCUCCCACCUGUCAGUUCCCCACCUGUCAGGCCCCCACCCAUAUGUCCCCACCUGUCAGGUCUCCCACCUAUAAGGUCCCCCACCUGUCAGGUCUCCCACCUAUAAGGUCCCCCACCUGUCAGGUCCCCACCUGUCAGCUCCCCCACCUGUCAGGUCCCCACCUGUCAGCUCCCCCACCUCUCCCCACCUGUCAGGUCCCCACCUGUCAGGUCCCCACCUGUCAGCCCCCCACCUGUCAGCUCCCCACCGGUCAGCUCCCCACCUGUCAGCUCCCCCACCUGUCAGCUCCCCCAUCUGUCAGCUCCCACCUGUCAGCCCCACCUGUCAGGGUCCCCACCUGUCAGCUCCCCCACUGUCAGGUCCCCACCUGGUCAGGGUCCCCACCUGUCAGCUCCCCCACCUGCCGCCCCCACCUGUCAGGGUCCCCACCUGUCAGGGUCCCCACCUGUCAGCUCCCCCACCUGUCAGCCCCACCUGUCAGGUCCCACCUAUCAGGUCCCCACCUGUCAGGUCCCCCACCUGUCAGCUCCCCCAUCUGUCAGCUCCCCUCCACCUGUCAGCCCCCCACCUGUCAGGUCCCACUGUCAGCUCCCCACCUGUCAGCUCCCCCACCUGUCAGGGUCCCCACCUAUCAGGUCCCCACCUGUCAGCUCCCCCACCUGUCAGGUCCCCACCUGUCAGUCCCCACCCGUCGGGUCCCCCACCUGUCAGCCCCCCCAUCUGUCAGCUCCCCCACCUGUCAGCUCCCCCACCCGUCAGGUCCCCCACCUGUCCCCACCUGUCAGGUCCCCACCUGUCAGCUCCCCACCUGUCAGGUCCCCACCUGUCAGCUCCCCCCACCUGUCAGCCCCCACCUGUCAGCUCCCCCACCCGUCAGCUCCCCAUCUGUCAGCUCCCCCACCUGUCAGCUCCCCCACCUGUCAGGUCCCCACCUCUCCCCCACCUGUCAGCUCCCCACCUGUCAGGUCCCCACCUGUCAGCUCCCCACCUGUCAGUCCCCACCUGUCAGCCCCCACCUGUCAGGUCCCCACCUGUCAGCCCCCACCUGUCAGCUCCCCACCUGUCAGGUCCCCACCUGUCCCCACCUGUCUGUGCCCCCACCUGUCAGCCUCCCACCUGUCAGCUCCCCACCUGUCAGCCCCCCACCUGUCAGCUCCCCACCUGUCAGGUCUCCCACCUAUAAGGUCCCCCACCUGUCAGGUCUCCCACCCAUAAGGUCCCCACCUGCUGGGGUCUCCCCACCCAGGCAAGGUCCCCCCACCUGUCAGCCCCACCUCUCAGCCCCCACCUGUCAGUCUCCCACCCAUAAGGUCCCCACCUGUCAGUCCCCACCUGUCAGCCCCACCUGUCAGGUCCCCACCUGUCAGGUCCCCACCUGCAGUCCCCCACCUGUCAGUCUCCCACCUAUAAGGUCCCCACCUGUCAGCUCCCCCACCUGUCAGCUCCCCCACCUGUCAGGUCCCCACCUGUCAGCUCCCCCACCUGUCAGGUCUCCCACCUAUAAGGUCCCCCACCUGUCCCCCCACCGUCAGCUCCCCCACCUGUCAGCUCCCACCUGUCAGGUCCCCACCUAUAAGGUCCCCCACCUGUCAGCUCCCCCACCUGUCAGGUCUCCCACCUAUAAGGUCCCCCACCUGUCAGGUCUCCUGCUUCGCUUCCACUGUCAAUUGAUAU